GUUCAUGUAUUGGACAGACUGGGGAGAAGUGCCAAAGAUAGAACGUGCUGGGAUGGAUGGUUCAAGCCGCUCUGUUAUAGUCAACACAGACAUAUAUUGGCCAAAUGGACUGACAUUGGAUUACGAGGAACAGAAACUUUAUUGGGCAGAUGCUAAACUAAAUUUCAUCCAUAAAUCAAAUCUGGAUGGAAGUCAUAGGCAAGCGGUGGUUAAAGGCUCCCUUCCACAUCCUUUUGCUUUGACGCUGUUUGGGGACACGUUGUACUGGACUGACUGGAACACACAUUCAAUCUUGGCCUGCAGCAAGUACUCCGGGGAGGACCUGCGUGAAAUACAUUCCAACAUCUUCUCUCCCAUGGAUAUCCAUGCUUUCAGCCAGAAGAGGCAGCCAAAUGCUACAAACCCAUGUGGAAUUAAUAAUGGUGGCUGCUCCCACUUGUGUUUGAUGUCUCCUACCAAGCCCUCUUAUCAGUGUGCAUGUCCCACUGGUGUGAAACUUCUUGACAAUGGAAAGACCUGCAAAGAUGGUGCCACUGAACUGCUGCUUCUAGCCCGCCGGACAGAUCUGAGGCGAAUUUCCUUAGACACCCCAGAUUUUACAGACAUUGUUUUGCCACUGGAGGACAUCCGUCAUGCCAUCGCCAUUGACUUUGAUCCUCUGGAAGGAUACAUCUAUUGGACUGAUGAUGAAGUUCGGGCUAUCCGCCGCUCGUUCAUCGAUGGGUCAGGUAGUCAGUUUGUUGUCACAGCACAGAUUGCGCAUCCUGAUGGCAUUGCUGUGGACUGGGUUGCCCGAAAUCUGUAUUGGACUGACACUGGCACAGACCGUAUUGAAGUUACAAGGCUUAAUGGGACCAUGAGAAAAAUCUUGAUAUCAGAAGACCUGGAAGAACCCAGAGCUAUUGUGCUGGAUCCCAUGGUUGGGUACAUGUACUGGACUGACUGGGGAGAAAUCCCGAAGAUCGAGAGGGCAGCAUUAGAUGGCUCAGACAGAAUUGUACUGGUGAAUACUUCACUUGGCUGGCCAAAUGGACUGGCAUUGGAUUAUGCAGAAAGUAAAAUAUACUGGGGAGAUGCCAAAACGGACAAAAUAGAGGUCAUGAACGCUGAUGGAACUGGGAGGAGAGUUCUGGUGGAGGACAAGCUGCCUCAUAUCUUUGGAUUCACACUGCUGGGAGACUACGUUUAUUGGACAGACUGGCAAAGACGCAGUAUUGAACGCGUGCAUAAGCGCACAGCAGAAAGAGAGAUCAUCAUAGAUCAACUGCCUGAUCUAAUGGGCCUGAAAGCUACAAAUGUCCGCCAGAUAAUUGGUACAAACCCUUGUGCAGAGGAUAACGGCGGCUGCAGCCAUCUUUGUCUGUACAGGCCACAAGGCCUUCGCUGCGCUUGCCCCAUAGGCUUAGAGCUCAUCAAUGAUAUGAAGACCUGCAUUGUCCCAGAAGCUUUCCUGCUGUUUUCUCGGAGAGCAGAUAUCAGGCGAAUCUCUUUAGAAACGAACAACAACAACGUUGCUAUUCCACUCACUGGAGUCAAGGAAGCUUCUGCUCUGGAUUUUGAUGUGACAGACAAUCGGAUUUACUGGACUGACAUUUCACUGAAGACCAUCAGCAGAGCGUUUAUGAAUGGCAGCGCACUGGAACACGUUGUGGAGUUUGGCUUGGAUUACCCAGAAGGCAUGGCCGUAGAUUGGCUGGGGAAGAACUUGUAUUGGGCUGAUACUGGAACAAAUCGUAUAGAAGUGUCAAAGCUGGAUGGACAGCAUCGCCAAGUGCUGGUGUGGAAAGAUCUCGACAGUCCCCGGGCAUUGGCAUUGGACCCUGCUGAGGGGUUUAUGUACUGGACUGAAUGGGGUGGUAAGCCAAAGAUUGAUAGAGCUGCUAUGGAUGGCACUGAGCGGACUACUUUGGUACCCAAUGUGGGACGUGCUAACGGCCUAACAAUUGAUUACGCUAAAAGACGACUGUACUGGACUGACCUCGAUACCAACCUGAUAGAAUCCUCCAACAUGCUAGGCCUUGACCGUGAGAUUAUAGCUGAUGACUUGCCUCACCCAUUUGGCUUGACUCAGUAUCAGGAUUACAUUUACUGGACAGACUGGAGCCGGCGUAGCAUUGAACGAGCCAACAAGACCAGUGGCCAGAACCGAACUAUCAUCCAAGGGCAUUUGGAUUACGUUAUGGACAUCUUGGUCUUCCAUUCCUCCAGGCAGGCAGGCUGGAAUGAGUGUGCCUCUAGCAAUGGUCACUGCUCUCACCUGUGCUUGGCAGUCCCUGUUGGUGGUUUUGUCUGUGGCUGCCCAGCUCACUAUUCCUUGAACUCUGACAACAGGACUUGUAGCGCUCCUACAACCUUUCUGUUGUUCAGCCAGAAGAAUGCAAUUAAUCGCAUGGUGAUAGAUGAGCAGCAGAGUCCAGAUAUCAUACUCCCUAUCCAUAGUCUCAGGAACGUUCGAGCCAUUGAUUAUGACCCCCUGGAUAAGCAGCUGUACUGGAUUGAUUCUCGGCAUAACAUCAUCCGGAAGGCACAGGAAGACGGCAGCCAGAGCCUUACUGUUGUGACAAGUCCAGUUCCCAAUCAGAACCUAGAUAUGCAGCCUUACGACCUGAGCAUUGACAUCUACAGCCGCUAUAUCUACUGGACCUGUGAAGCUACUAAUGUGAUCAAUGUAACACGCCUGGAUGGGAGACCCAUGGGAGUGGUGCUCAAAGGAGAUCAAGAUAGGCCCAGGGCCAUUGUGGUGAAUCCAGAGAAAGGAUACAUGUAUUUCACCAACCUACAGGAAAGGUCUCCUAAAAUUGAGAGAGCAGCAUUGGAUGGAACUGAACGAGAGGUCCUUUUUUUCAGUGGUUUGAGCAAGCCCAUAGCCUUAGCUAUUGAUAGCCAGCUAGGCAAGUUGUUCUGGGCUGAUUCAGACCUGCGGAGAAUUGAAAGCAGUGACCUUUCAGGUGCUAACAGGAUCGUGUUGGAAGACUCUAAUAUCUUGCAGCCUGUGGGACUAACUGUAUUUGAAAACUGGCUGUAUUGGAUUGACAGGCAACAGCAGAUGAUUGAAAAGAUUGAUAUGACUGGUCGAGAAGGACGUACGAAGGUCCAAGCUCGUAUUGCACAACUCAGUGACAUCCAUGCUGUGAAAGAGCUCAACAUUCAGGAAUACAGACAACAUCCUUGUUCUCAAGAUAAUGGUGGCUGCUCACACAUUUGCAUCGUGAAGGGCGACGGCACCACACGCUGCUCCUGCCCAGUGCACCUUGUUCUGCUGCAGGAUGAGCUGUCCUGUGGAGAACCACCAACAUGCUCCCCUCAGCAGUUCACCUGUUUCACAGGUGAGAUUGACUGCAUCCCAGUGGCCUGGCGCUGUGAUGGUUUCACUGAAUGUGAAGACCACAGUGAUGAAAAGAACUGCCCGGUGUGCUCAGACACCCAGUUUCAGUGUGAAAGUGGACAGUGCAUAGACAGUGCCCUCCGGUGCAAUGGAGAAGCAAAUUGCCAGGACAACUCUGAUGAGAAGAACUGUGAAGUGCUUUGUUUAACCGAUCAGUUCCGCUGUGCUAGUGGGCAGUGCAUCGGGAAAAGCAAGAAAUGUGAUCACAACCUGGACUGCAGUGACAGCUCAGAUGAACAAGGAUGCUACACAACAGAGGAGCCUGCACCACAGCCCAACAACACAAUAGGCUCCAUCAUUGGUGUGAUCCUUACAGUUUUUGUGGUUGGAGCAAUGUACUUCAUCUGCCAGAGGGUGCUGUGCCCACGCAUGAAGGGAGAUGGGGAAACAAUGACCAAUGAUUACGUGGUGCACGGACCAGCCUCUGUACCUCUUGGUUAUGUGCCUCACCCAAGCUCUUUGUCAGGGUCUCUUCCUGGGAUGUCUCGAGGUAAAUCCGUGAUCAGCUCCCUCAGCAUUAUGGGAGGAAGCAGUGGGCCACCCUAUGACAGGGCCCAUGUCACUGGAGCCUCUUCCAGUAGUUCUUCAAGUACCAAAGGCACUUACUUUCCUCCAAUUUUGAACCCACCACCAUCACCAGCUACUGAACGUUCACAUUAUACCAUGGAAUUCGGUUACUCUUCAAACAGCCCAUCUACUCAUAGAUCCUACAGCUACAGGCCUUACAGCUACCGGCAUUUUGCACCUCCCACGACGCCCUGCAGCACAGACGUCUGUGACAGUGACUAUGCCCCCAGCCGAAGGGUCACGGCAGCGACGGCCAAGGGCUAUACCAGUGACUUGAACUAUGAUUCAGAGCCCGUCCCACCGCCACCCACUCCGCGCAGCCAGUACCUGUCAGCGGAGGAGAACUACGAAAGCUGCCCGCCUUCCCCAUACACGGAGCGGAGCUACUCUCACCAUCUCUACCCACCGCCGCCGUCCCCCUGCACGGACUCCUCAUGA